AUGACCGAACCCACGGCCCCAAUCGAGAACAGUCUCGCGCCAGGCACGGCAACAUCCGCCUCUACUACAGCUCCCCCGCCUCCAAGGGUCGAGACUACUGCACUCGAGCGUGUCCACUUACCCCGCAUUGCGAUCAAGUUCUGUACUCAAUGCCGAUGGAUGUUGCGCGCUGCAUAUUUCGCCCAAGAGCUCCUCUCCACGUUUGGUACAGACUUGGGUGAAGUUGCCCUCGUCCCCAUGACCGGUGGUGUGUUCACAGUUACGAUUUGGCAUGCAACGGCCACAAAUACCUCGACUGAAGAAGUCACGACGCAAGAGACUCUUCUGUGGGAUCGGAAGCGAGAUGGCGGGUUUCCCGAGGUCAAAGCUCUCAAGUCUCUCGUUCGAAACAUUAUUGCUCCUAAUCGAGACUUGGGUCAUACGGACCGCGCGUUGAAGAAAGAGCAAGAGAAGAAGAAUGAAGAGAAGGCUCAAGGGGAGCAGAAGAAAGAGUGCGAAGAUUGUGUUUGA